UGACGCGGAGAGAGCAGAGGUGCAAGGCUUUUCGGUGCGUCUGCGCGGCCGCUGCUCACUUUAUCUAUGAUUUUUAUUAACGUAACAGUUUGAGAGAUAGGCGUAAAUCACUUCACGGAUGUUGUAAUUACAGCAACUUUUUUAACCUUUGACGUCCGUGUGAGUCUUCUCCGGUGAGGCUUUUUUUUUUUUUUUUUUUGAGAAGUGGCCGUCUGGGGAGGCAGCUCAACUUUGGGCUGAGCGACCUAUGUGGAUUUUACAGAAAAAAUGGACCAGAUUCCCGGUUUCUCCCUGGGCAAGUUACUAGUCUGUGUUUUCUGCUUCCUUCACCCCUCUCUCGCGCUGCAGUGUGUGGACGAAAAAGCGCCCUGUGUUAACAACGCCACAUGUCUGACCUUUAACAAUGGUACCGAAUACUGCAGGUGUGUGCCAGGCUUUCUCGGUGAGUACUGCCAGCACAAGGACCCUUGUCAACCUGGAUACUGCGUGAAUGGAGGGAACUGCUCUGUGUCCAUGUCAGCUGGUGUACCAGUGCCAGGUAGCGCUUCAUGCACCUGCCCUCUUGGGUACACCGGACAACAUUGUCAAACUCCCCAGAACUCCACAUGUUACCCAAGCAACCCCUGUGCCAACCGAGGUGUCUGCACCCUCUUGUCACUUGACAAAUACAAGUGCGAGUGCGCCAGAGGAUGGACAGGUCCACUCUGCGAGUACAAGGACAGCUGUCUCUCUAGUCCCUGUGCCAAUGGUGGAAGGUGCAGCUCCCAGUCUGGUGGAAGUUACACCUGUUCCUGUUCUCCUGGCUACAAAGGACCUCGCUGCCUUAAUGACACAAAUGAAUGUGCAGACACACCCUCUCUAUGCCAGAAUGAAGGCGAUUGUGUCAACACCCCUGGCUCCUACAAGUGUAUCUGUAAACCAGGGUUUACUGGCCAGCACUGUGAGAGCUCCUAUGUACCUUGUUCCCCCUCACCUUGCCUGAAUGGAGGCACCUGCCACCAGAGCUCUGAAACCAGCUACUCAUGCCACUGCCUCCCAGGUUUUAAUGGAACCAACUGUGAGAACAACAUUGACGAUUGCCCUAAUCAUCAAUGUGCCAAUGGAGGAACCUGCAUGGAUGGAGUCAAUACCUAUAACUGUCAAUGCCCUCCAGAGUGGACCGGUCAGCACUGUACAGAAGAUGUGGACGAGUGUCGGCUGCAGCCAAAUACUUGCCAGAAUGGAGGCACCUGCAGCAACCUGAUAGGCAGUUAUGUCUGUGUGUGUGUUAAUGGUUGGAGUGGACUGGACUGCUCUGAGAACAUUGAUGACUGUGCUACAGCUGCAUGCAGCCCAGGCUCCACCUGCAUCGAUCGGGUUGCAUCUUUUAUCUGUUUCUGUCCUCCUGGCAAGACGGGUUUGCUCUGCCACCUUGAAGAUGCCUGUAUCAGUAACCCCUGUAGAGACGGCUCACAGUGUGACACCAAUCCCAUCAGUGGCAUGUUUAACUGUAACUGUCCACCAGGAUAUGAAGGCAACACCUGUAACAUUGACAAAGAUGAAUGCAGCAUUGCAAAUACCAACCCAUGCGAACAUGGCGGUCAGUGUGUGAACACUGAAGGCUCCUUCACAUGCAACUGUGUCAAGGGUUAUGCUGGGCCUCGAUGUGAGCAAGACGUCAAUGAAUGUGCUUCAAGCCCCUGCCAGAACGAUGGCACUUGUCUGGAUCGAAUUGGAGACUACACCUGUAUUUGCAUGCCUGGUUAUGAGGGGACACAUUGUGAAACAGACACAAAUGAGUGUAACAGCUCCCCCUGUCUGAACCAGGGUCGAUGUCUAGACCAAGUCAGUCGCUUUGUCUGCGAGUGCCCAGCAGGCUUCAGUGGUGAAACAUGCCAAAUAGACAUAGAUGAAUGUUCCAGCACACCCUGUUUGAAUGGAGCCAAGUGUAUUGACCGACCUAACGGAUAUGAUUGUGAAUGUGCCGAAGGUUUUACUGGUCCUGUUUGUGAGGAGGAUAUCAAUGACUGCAUCCCACCACCAUGCCACCAUGGUGUGUGUAAAGAUGGCAUUGCCACCUUCUUCUGCGAGUGCUCACCUGGAUACACAGGUUCCAUUUGCAAUAUCCAGGUCCAGGAAUGUCACAGCAACCCGUGUCAGAACCGAGGACGCUGCAUUGACCUAGUUAAUGCCUACCAAUGUAACUGUCUCCCAGGAACUAAGGGCUUGAACUGUGAGAUUAAUGAGGAUGACUGUGCCAGCAAUCCUUGUGUGUACGGAGAGUGCCAGGAUGGCAUCAGUGAGUACAAAUGUGUGUGCUCCCCUGGAUACACAGGAGUAACAUGUGAUGUGGAGAUCGACGAGUGCAAGUCCAACCCAUGUAAGAGUGGGGGGACUUGUGUGGACAAGGUGAAUGGGUUCCACUGCUUGUGUCCGCCCGGCACCCACGCACCUCUGUGCCUGUCUGGGAAAGACCACUGUGCCACUCAGCCUUGCGUGCAUGGGACAUGUAAUGAACAACAAUAUGGGUAUAUUUGUGAAUGUGAGGAGGGGUGGGUGGGAGUGCAUUGUGAGCAGGAAAAGGAUGAGUGCCAGUCAAAUCCUUGCCAAAAUGGUGGAAUCUGUGUGGACCGACACAAAGGCCACACCUGUAAUUGCCAGCUAGGAUUCAGAGGUGACAACUGUGAGAAGAACAUAAAUGAGUGUGCAUCAGGGCCUUGUCUGAACCAAGGUAUCUGUAGAGAUGGAAUAAACAGUUACACGUGCGAGUGUAGGGCACCAUUCAAAGGUGAACACUGCCAAAAUGAGCAGGAUCCUUGUGCCUCUCAUCCAUGUGAGAGGGGAGGAGUGUGUCUUCCAUCUCCAGAUUACACUUCUUAUACCUGUCGAUGUCCACCUGGUUGGCAAGGUACACGCUGCAAAGAGGACGUGAAUGAAUGCACACGGAACCCUUGCAAAAAUGGUGGUCGUUGCAUAAACAGUCAAGGGAGCUAUAUGUGUGACUGCACACGUGGAUACAGUGGGCACAACUGUCUGACUGACAUUGACGACUGUUCACCAAACCCGUGCAUGAACGGAGGCUCGUGUGUGGACAAAGUUGCAAGUUUCUCCUGUGACUGUCGCCCGGGUUUCGAAGGGGAGCGCUGUGAAACUGAAGUAGAUGAGUGCGCCAGCCAGCCCUGCAGAAAUGGGGCCACAUGCCAGGACUAUGUCAACAGCUUUGUAUGCAACUGCGAACCAGGCUUUAAUGGAAUUCAGUGUGAACACAACAUCCCUGAAUGCACUGAGAGCUCAUGUCUGAAUAAUGGGACCUGCAUCGACGACAUCAAUACCUUUUCUUGCCGUUGUCGUCCUGGCUUUUAUGGGGUUUUCUGUGAGUAUGAACAGAACGAGUGCGACUCUCAGCCCUGUAAGAACGGAGGGACCUGCACCGAUGGCCUGGGCACUUACCGCUGCACCUGUCCCGUGCGAUACAGUGGACUCAACUGCCAGAACUUUGUAAACCUGUGCAGCCAAGUGCGCUGUCACAACGGUGGCUCUUGCUCUCAAACUGGAACUUCCUGGAACUGUCACUGUCAGAUGGGAUGGACAGGACUAUACUGUGACGUACCCAACAUGUCCUGCCAGGACUUUGCUGCCAGGAAAGGGCUGGAAGUGGAAAGUGUGUGUAAGAACGCAGGGCGAUGCAUCAACGUAGGAAACUCCCAUCGGUGCGACUGUCAGCCCGGAUACACGGGCAGCUAUUGUAAAGAGAUGGUGGAUGAGUGUCAGUCAAACCCGUGUCGGAAUGGAGCUACAUGCAAGGACUACCAGGGCACAUACGAGUGCAUGUGCAAACCAGGUUAUCAGGGGGUGAACUGUGAAUAUGAUGUUGACGAGUGCCACUCUAAACCCUGCCUCAACGGAGGGACAUGUAUCAACCUCAUCAACCGUUUUACCUGUGCCUGCCCGCCAGGAACACAUGGACUGCAGUGUGAGGUGAAUGAGGACGACUGCGCUCCUAAACCUGGCUCCUCUGAGCCACGCUGUCGUAACGGAGGACAGUGUGUGGAUGGCGUUGGCCGCUACACGUGCUCCUGCCUUCCAGGGUUUGUUGGUGAUCUCUGUGAGGGGGACGUCAACGAAUGCCUGUCUGGGCCGUGCCAUGCUCCUGGCAGCCUGGACUGCGUUGAGCUGGUCAAUGAUUAUCAGUGUCUCUGUCGCCUUGGAUACACAGGUCGCCAUUGUGAAUCCAUGGUGGAUCUGUGUCUGUCUAAGCCCUGCCGUAAUGAAGGUGUCUGCUCCAUGAACAUGAGUUCUGUACACGGCUACACCUGCUCCUGUCCUCCUGGCUUUACUGGAUUCAGCUGUGGUGAAAUAAAAGACUACAACUGUGCAAAACUGCGUUGCCAGAAUGGUGGUCGCUGCAUUGAGUCCUCAGGUGGCUACCUGUACUGCCAGUGUCAGCCAGGCUUCAGCGGGCCACACUGUGAGAAUGCGCAGAGGUGCUCCGUGACUUGCAGAAAUGGGGGAACCUGUAUCAAAGAUCCAUCCAACCCAUUCCAGCACAGCUGCCACUGUCCCAAUAACUUCUACGGACAAUACUGUGAGACCCGGUUAAGUCAGCAACCUAUUCCGAACUGCCCUUAUCCGCAGUGUAAACAGCAGGCAGGAGAUAAAGUAUGCGACUAUCAAUGCAACAUCUAUGAAUGUCAGUGGGAUGGAGGAGACUGCUCGCUCAACAGGUUAUGGCCAUGGGAAAACUGCACCGCCAGCGUGCCCUGUUGGGAACUCUUCAAGAAUGGAAAAUGUGAUCAGGAGUGUGACAAUCCUUCAUGCCUCUUUGAUAGCUUUGAAUGCCAAGAGACCAAAACAGACUCCUGCAAGUAUGAUAAGUACUGUUCGGACCACUAUGGCGAUGACAUCUGUGACCGGAGCUGCUACAAUGAGGCUUGUCGCUGGGAUGGCCUGGACUGUUCCACUGCUAUUCCACCCAAUUUGGCUAUGGGCACACUGGUCAUUGUGGUUCGGCUGCAGCCAGAAGAGCUACUUGGAGACUUGGGCCGUUUCUUACGGUGCCUAAGUGCCCUACUGCAUACCAACGUGCGAGUGAAGCUUGAUGAUAAGAAUAAACCAAUGGUGUACCCAUACUAUGGAAAGGAGGAUGAGCAGGGACGACAUGCCCAUAGGAGUAGAAGCAAGCGGGAGCUGGACAGGGAGGUUAUAGGCUCUGAGAUGCACCUGGAAAUCGAUAACCGUGAAUGUUCACAGACCUCGGCUCAAUGUUUCUCCAACACUGAUGAGGCUGCAUCCUUCAUCAUAGCAGCACACUUUAGGGAUGAAGUGCCUUACCCUCUGGUGUCUGUAGAGAGUAAUCCAACUGUGAAGUCUGAAGUACCAUAUCUGAUGUACCUGGUUGGAGUAGCUGUGGUGGUUAUUCUCCUUAUUCUGGUGCUGGGGAUGCUAGCAGCCAAGAGGAAGCACAAGCAUGGUGUUCUGUGGCUGCCUGAUGGCUUCUUAGCAAAUAAAAAUGACAAAAGGAGAGAGCCUGUUGGACAAGACGACUUCGACAUGAAGAAUUUCAAGACAGGGGAUGGAGGCAUGAUUGACGGAGGUCAGAAUCAGAGAUGGCUUGAAGAUGAAGUCCCAUCCAAAAAACCAAAAACUGAAGACAAACCUCUCCUGUCCAUCAACAUGGAUGGCGGCGUUGACCGAAGGGAGUGGACUCUGCAGCAUCGCAAAGCUGCUGACAUCUCUCUCACUCCUCCACAGGCUGGUCUGGAUGCUGACUGUUUGGAUGUUAAUGUCAAGGGACCUGAUGGAUUUACUCCUCUGAUGCUGGCGUCGCUGCGUAAUGGUGGAGGGCCAGACUGCAGCCUGCAUGGAGAAGAGGAGGAAGAGAGUGGGGGAGAUGAACCGGGGCCGAGUGUCAUUUCAGACCUGAUCGGUCAGGGUGCUUCUUUGAUUUCUCAAACUGAUCGCACGGGAGAAACGGCACUCCACCUGGCAGCCCGCUAUGCCAGGGCGGAUGCUGCUAAGAGACUGUUGGAUGCUGGAGCAGAUCCCAACGCUCAUGACAACAUGGGUAGGACUCCGCUGCACGCCGCUGUGGCAGCAGAUGCACAAGGAGUUUUUCAAAUUCUCAUCCGUAAUCGUGCAACGGAACUGGAUGCAAGGAUGAACGAUGGCACGACCCCACUGAUCCUGGCAGCCAGACUGGCUGUGGAGGGAAUGGUGGAGGAACUGAUCCACUGCCACGCUGACAUCAAUGCUGUGGACGACCACGGCAAAUCUGCUCUGCACUGGGCAGCUGCAGUUAAUAAUGUGGAAGCCACUCUUGUGCUCCUGAAGAAUGGGGCCAAUCGUGACAUGCAAGACAAUAAGGAGGAGACCCCCUUGUUUCUGGCUGCCAGAGAAGGCAGCUUCGAGGCUGCGCAGGUUCUUCUCGACCACUAUUCAAAUCGUGACAUCACUGAUCACCUGGACCGACUUCCUCGCGACACUGCUCAAGAGCGCAUGCAUCAUGACAUCGUCCGUCUACUGGACCAGUACAACUUGGUUCACAGUCCACACAACGGGCCUAACCACAUGGCUGGAGGAAACUCCGUCAUGUGUGGAGGCAACGGAGCAGGCUUCAUCAACAUGCGUGCCGGACAACAAGGCAAGAAGAGCAGGAGGGGUGGAGGUGGGGCGAAGGUGGGAGGAGUUGGUGGGGGGGUGAAGGAGCUGAAGGACAUGAAGGCAAAGAGAAGAAAGAAGCCUGCUGGAGGAGAAGGGCCAGGUCUGGGUGCUGGAGUGGCAGCAGGAAAUGCAGCAGGAACAGGCGGAGGCACUGCUAAUGGGGUAAAGUCAGCCGGAGGACUUCCGGAGAGCUCUGUUACUAUGUCACCCGUUGACUCGCUGGAAUCACCACACUCGUACACGGGGGACAUUUCUGGCUCUGUUUCCACCACAGCAAACUCCCCCCCUCUUCUGAGCAGCCCCACCUCCAGACCAAUCCUCCCCCCUGUGAGCCACAUGCUGGGCCAGCAGCAGGGCUGGGUGGGCAUGAGCAAGCACGCCUACGGCGGCCACAUGUUCGGCCUCAUCGCGCAUCAGAUGGGGGGCUCGCACUCCGGCAUGGGCCAACACCACGGCCAGGGCCCGAUGCUGACUCCCAUGAAUGUCACGGUGAGCAGGGAGCAGCUGCCACCCAUCGUCACGUUUCAGAUGAUGCCCCCCGGAGCCGGCCAGGCCAUGCUGAAGCAGCCGCAGGGAGGGCAGGUACAGGUCACGCAGUCCCAGGGGCAGAACACCAGCCAGGGUCACUCCCAGCAGGGGCCCAGCCACCUCCACUGCAGCCAGGCUAUGAUGUACCAGGUGCCUGAGCAGAUGGGUAUGACACACGGGCUGGCCCACAGCAUGCAGCACCCCCAUACAGUCAACCACAGCAGCCACGGAGGGAUGGAGGGCCAGUCUCGACCCGUCCCCUCCUAUCCUCCCAUGCCGAGCCCCGUGGAUAAAUACCCAACGCCCCCCUCCCAGCACAGCUACACCACCGCUGGCUCGGAAGGCACCACACCCGGCCACUCUGCCCACCCGGCUAGUGAGCACCCGUAUCUCACUCCUUCACCCGAGUCUCCAGACCCGUGGUCCUCGUCUUCGCCACACUCCAACUCGGACUGGUCUGACGUCACCACCAGCCCCACUCCUCUGGGAAACUCCCACCACGCACUGCCACCAUCGCACCACACACACAUUCCAGAGCAGGCGCAGAUGCAGCCGCAGUCGCAACAGAUGCAGCCGCCUUCUCAGCAGCCCCAGCUGGGAAACAUGCAGGUGUUUGCGUAGGCCUGCCCGAGGAAGGAAGAAACAGACUGACCAUGGGGUUGUUAUAUACCAACACAAAGUAACCAAAUCUGUGGCUUUUAAUUUCUCUUUGGACUUUACUGUAAUAAUCUUUUUUUAUAUUCUCUUCUCCUCUUUGCACUUAAGAAAACC